CCUACGGGAACGGUUGUUAGUGCGAGCUUUUGCUCGUAUUACGAAUUUGAAUACGUUAUUUUUUUGGCAGUGUGUGUUUUGUGUUUCAAGUUUGAGGUUUGGAUUGUAAAAUGUUUGACCCCUGAGGGGUUUGUGAAAUGAACGAUAUUUAACAGAUGUGCAUUCGGAAUCGAGUUAAGGAUGUGAAUAAUGAGUGAUAUCGAUAUUCUGCCGCGAUAACCAUAGUGAUGUGCUGGUGUCGACAAUGAUUGUGUCUCGUACGCAACUAGUGUUGUUCUGUGCGCUGUUACAUUAUCGAGUCGAGAGUCAACAGGAGGUGCUUAUUGAAGAAUCAUUGGAAGUGGAGUCUGUCCAGGGGCCGACAGGAGGGCGCGUGGAGUUACCCUGUGACGUCAGCCCCGCGCUCGCCGCGGACCGUGUCGGGCUCGUCAUCUGGUACAAGCAGGGACAUGAAACACCUAUUUAUUCGUUGGACGCUAGAGAGGGUAUAUCGUCGCAGUGGUCGGACCCAGCGACGUUAGGAAACCGAGCUACGUUCAGAACUAAUACCACGCCUGCUGUGCUCAUGCUGACUAAACUAAGGCCAGAAGACAGCGGUCAGUACAGAUGUCGUGUGGACUUCAUAAAGUCGCCGACAAAGAACACGAGAUUGAACCUCACAGUACUUAUACCACCUGAUCGACUAAUUGUGUUGAACGAGAGCAAUGAUGAAGUCCACGGGAACAUACUGGGGCCUUACGAUGAAGGGGCUGAUGUGAAUUUGACAUGUAUAGCUGUUGGAGGUCGUCCAAUCGCGAGGGUAUCAUGGUGGAAAUCACACGCAUUAUUAGCUAAUUCAGAAUCAAGAGCGUCAGUCUCCUUUAGCUUGCAUAGACCUGACUUCGGCACCGAGAUUACAUGUCAGGCAGUGACAGAUCCAUCGAUACCGCCUUUAUCGCACAGAUUAUCUAUAGACAUGAACUUACCUCCACUCUCUGUACGCAUACAAGGGGGUAAACGACCCUUGGUUGCUGGUCAAACUUCGGAAUUGUCCUGUCAAGUGGUGGGGGCUAGACCCAAACCGGUUAUAACUUGGUGGAAGGGGGGUACCAAGUUAAAUACAGUUAGGGAUACCACAUCAAUGGACGGCAACAUAACAGUUAGUGUACUGACUUUUAUCCCGGCGAUCGAAGACGCGGGCAGAGUAUUGUCUUGCAGAGCUACCCAGCCCGCGGUGUCUCAUACUACGAGAGAAGACGGCUGGAAGUUGGAGAUACAACAUUUGCCAGUUGUUACUUUGAAGUUUGGAGCAAAUAUAGACGCGAAUAGAGUCAUAGAAGGUUCAGAUAUUUAUUUGGAUUGCAGAGUACGAGCAAACCCGUGGUACAGUAAUGUACAUUUUACUCACAACGGUUUAACAGUGAAGGCUGGACCAGGUGUAUUGUUAGCUAACCAGAGCCUGGUGCUGCAACGUGUCUCGCGGCAGGCGGCCGGAGCUUACGUGUGCUCAGCGACUAAUGCCCUCGGGGAUGGGAUGAGUACACCCUUAUUGUUGGAUGUUAAAUACGCGCCGAGCUGCAAAUCGGAACAGACGAUCAAUAUGAGAGCGGCGCGGGGAGAGGUGCUCGAGAUUCAAUGCGAUGUCGACUCUAAUCCUAAAAUAGCAGUGUCAUACCAAUGGUGGUUCAACAGCACUACACACAGCCGACGAGAAUUGAAAACAUCACACGUACAGAAAGUAGGUUCGUAUUCGUAUACAAUAAAUUCUAUGUCGGACUACGGUUGGUUGCAGUGCCUUGCGUCAAAUACUGUUGGAUCACAGACAACACCGUGCGUUUAUCAUAUACUACCUGCAGAGAGGCCGAGUACAGUGAGACAUUGUGAUAUUAAAAAUGUUACUUACGACUCACUAAUAAUAAACUGCGCACCCGGACAUGACGGGGGAUUGCGACAGACGUUUGUUCUGGAGGUGUUCGAUAAAGCAACAGGUAUCCUUCUACGUAACAUAAGCAACGAGGAAUCGAAUUUCGAAGUGCCAGGUUUAAGUUCCACUGAAUUAUCACUCGCAAUACGUUCAUACAAUGCUAAAGGUUCAAGUGAAGCGUUCACAUUAACGUGUAGUUUACUACAAUAUCCGGAACGAAGAACAGGUCAAGUACCAGUGAAGGUUGAAUUGACUAUGCUUCUAAUAACAGUGCUGUGCGCGGUGGCAAUUAUUACUAUAAUGGCGACUGUUUUCGUUACUGUCUGCUAUUGUAAAUACUGUAAUCAUAGAGAAGAUGCAGGUAAGAAAAACAAAAGACCUCGAGAAGAAAGUUCAGAUGUUUUACUAACGAGUGAAAAGAAAACUGAAAGUGCUGAUAGCUUAGAUAAAAAUCCAGAUAUAAUACCAUUAAAUACAAAACUAAGUGACAGCUGUUCAAAUAAAUCAUCGGCCACAGAUUACAGUUCCGUCAGACCGUUGAUAUCGACAACCAACUUAGAGGAAUUCGAAGUACCAACUCGUUUCAGUGGCCCACAUAUGACUCCUUGCCAAUUCGAACAUAUAAAGUACAGAGUCCCCAACUUCCCACCGAACUUGGCUCCAAUGCCAAACAUUGGCACAAAUGUUUACAGACAUCAUCAUAACGUGUAUGAAGAUUGGUUGAGAUAUAAAAACGCGUUACCUUUAGAUAGCAGUCAUUUGUUACCAUUAGAACAACUAAGACCACCAGAAGAAUAUUUACCUCCUCCUCUACUCAGCGAUCUGUAUAGGAACCCAAUACCGCAUCCACAGGGAACCUUCCAAGAACACGGAUAUCACACUGAGAACAGACAAAUGUCAAACCAAACGAUAAACUCCGAAACACCCUCAGUUAGAGUACAUUCAGAAAAUAAUAGUGUGUACUUUAACAAGUUUGGAAGAACAAGUACAUUACCAAGAUUGAAAGUGCCAUCCAAUUUGCCAAGAGAAAUAGACGCAAAAUCAUCAGAGACUGAUGUUGAAAGUCGACAGAAUUAAGAAUUUAUUAUAAUAUAUGUGUCAACAUAGAAGAUUUUAUUUCCACUAAUCGCGGAUAGUUCCACUGGCGCUGGACACGCGCGUUUUAUCUCCAAGUGGAAAUUACGCUAAACGUCGGAAAAUUGUAAAUAAUAUUAGUAUAUUAUGUUGGUUAAAUUUAAUGUCUG